CUCUUUUUCUCUGUCUACUCACAACCCAUUGCAAAUUAUACAACAUCGUCGAUCAGGAGACUUGAACAAGAACUAUCACAAGGUUACACAUUCAUCUAUAAAAGAAGCAUGAUUCAACAGUAAUCCACCUGAUGAUCUCUCCACCCAUCUUCUUUAAUAGUAAGUUGAUUCAACGCAUCGUUAUUGCUAUCUAAUCGAUAGACAUACCAUUUCCGUUGGGGGGGCCAGAAGGUCGCCGGAGAAUACCUGAUUAUGGUGAAAUGCCAUUGGCGGAUAGCCAACGAGACUCGCUAGCCGGAUUAACCCUCGACGACGUGUUAGCCAACCGAGCCGCCGCGUCGAGCCAUCAGCUCACAAACACAAACCGUCGAACCCUCCUUGACAUCAUCCGUGAAGACGAGUCCGCCAAUAGGGAUCGCAAGUCUUGGAAAGCCUUCAAAGACAAGCUUCGGCUCAAACGCGCCGGAUCUGCUUGGACUUCCUCCGUCCUUAUCCCUGCCUCAGAUAUCCCUUUCCCUAUCCGGAAUAACAGAAACUUCCCCCCACAGCUUCCCCGUCGUAGCUCCGUCCGAGUCCUCACAUUCUCCCCCCUGGACGUCACCACUCACUGCAUGGCUGAUCCCACCGAAGAAGCCAUCAAGAGUUCCCACCUCGCUCCCGCAAUCACGCGCCAGAGAUCCACGCGCCAGGUCGGAGAUGCCGUUUUCGUCGACGAUAAACUCAAGCCUCAGAUUUCCCGCCCGAACUCCGCACGCCUGGCGGCGGCAGUGCGGGCGGAUUCCAUCCGGCGAAAGCGCGUGGUGACAUUUCGAGACAACAUUGAAAGCGAUGACGACGAGGACGAGGACGGCCACAUGCGCCAGCCGAGGGAGGAGAGACAGAUGUCUGCUAGGGAAGCUGUGGCUGCACAGGAGGCGGCGGAGGCGGCAGCGAUGGCGGAGGAGGAGGAAGAUGAUGAAGACGAAGAGGAAGAAUCGUUCGGGGCUGGGGGACGCGGGGUGACAAUGUCGCUGAUGGACCUGUUGGAGGAGACGGAUAGGCAAAUGGGGCUCGAAGGAUCGACGUACAGAAUGGAAGACGAUGACGACGAGGAUUUUGAUGAGGAUGAUGAAGACGACGAAGGAGGUGAGGAGCACGAUUGCUGCGUGUGCAUGGUGAAGCAUAGAGGUGCGGCUUUUGUGCCGUGUGGGCACUCGUUUUGCAGGAUGUGUUCCAGGGAGCUCACUGUGAGCAAGGGAAAUUGCCCCCUCUGCAACAAUUUCAUCUUGGAGAUUCUUGAGGUUUUCUGAUCCACAUAACACUUUUUCUUUUCAUAAUUGAUUUUGUUUUUCAAUUUGCUGGGCUGGGAAUUUUGAAUUUUUUCCCUACUCUGUUGUUGUUCUUUCAUUUUUUUUUUUUUAAAGACAAAUUUCGCGCGUUAAGGCCGUGAAUUCUGAUCUGUAAAGAGAAGUGCAAAGAAAGAGCUUAAGAGUGUUGUGAUUUAUAAUUUCAA